AUGUCUUUCAAGGUCGCUGUCCUCGCCUGCGUGGUUGUCGUCGCUCUGUGCGACAAGGCCCCAGUCCACGCACCUCAUCCCCCCGUCUAUACUCCUAGGCCUGCCUAUCACGCCCCUGCACCUUAUCACGCCCCCGAACCCGCCUACCACGCCCAUGCACACCACGAGCCAGAAUACCCUGAUGUGCCCCCGAAGUACAACUACAACUACGGCGUCGCCGACAGCUACUCCGGCGCCAACUUCGCCGCCUCGGAGUCCCGCGACGAAUAUAACUCUUUUGACACCCAGUUAGAUUUAGAUCAUCCCGAAUCAGAGUUUUAUAAGAUAAUUUUGCAAAUACUCACAAUAUAG